UCGGUGUGUUCGUGUGUUGUUAACACCACUACAAAAUGGUGGAGUGUGGACUAUCUUGUGUUGUAGCUGUGCCCGUAAAUCGUGAUAAUUAAUUUAAUGUUUUCGCUGUCUGUCACACAUCUUCGAGAAAAUAACAAUUUGUGCCACGCACGUCGAUUCUCCGUCGAGAGGUUUAUCGUACGCGAAUUCGUUCGUCCAUUAUCCCGCAGUCGAGUUUCAAACAAACACCGUUUAUCGACCGUGAAUUUAUUAUAUGUGCACACGUCAUUUCCAUGAAAUCUCCUAUGUCCGAUUGGUGAGUGUUUAUUUACCGACGACAACGGAAAUUGUUAUUAUUUUUGUUGUUAAGGAUAUGAUCUGUGUUCUUUCGGCAAAAUGUUACGACGUUUAGCCUUUACGACCUUGUGUGUCAAUUAGGGUGUUUCUCGGGACCUGUAUCCGCCUUGUAUUUUGGGUGUGUUCAACGCGAGUAACAAGAUUGUCAGUAGUUGUUUUCUUAAAUAUUCAAGUGACGUUUCUCCAAUAAUUAUCACGGUUGAACAUUUAUGUAAUCCUUUUGCUUUUUCAAUAACGUAACUUUUUUCCCUUUGCGACCGUUUUGAUCUCAAUUAUUCGUCUUAUUAAAUUAUAAGUUAUGGAAGUUGGGAAUUCGUAGUACCAAUAAAAUUUCAUCUAAUGUUCAAAAAUAAAUAAAUUAUAGGUAUACUGGCGAUGUGUAAAACUGAGUAUUGGUUGUUGAAUGGAUUGACAAUGUUAGUAAUCAAAAUCUAAAAUAUUAAGAUGAUUGAUUAGGAGUUGGAAUAUAGUGACAAAAUUAAGGUUAAGAUUGUUUUUACCAAUUAAAAAAUGUUAUGUAAAUGAAAUAGCAAAGGUUUCAAGUUAAAUGUAAAACAAAUAGCAUUGGUACACUGAAGAAGUGGGUGAAGUUAUUGAAAAGGGUAGUCAUGUUGAGUAGUAGGUAUAUGAGAAUGCGGUAAUAAAUUAAAAAACAAAGAUUAAGUAACAAUAUAUAUACAUAUAACAAAAAAAUAUCUAAAUCAGGUACCUAUAUUUUAUCCACUUAGAAAAUUUAAUUUUAAUAGUAGAUAUACAAAUUAAUAAAUUAACAAUUAAUUGUGUGUGUAAUUUUUUGUCAUUUAACAAUGAUAUAAUGUAAUUUAUAGCUUAAAAUAUGUAAAUAAUCAACAGAACCAUUUAUUUAAUAUUAAUGUCUGUUUUGACAGAUAGACUUUAAAUUGUUUAAGUUAAAAAAAAAAAAAAUAACACAUUGAUAAUAUGGAUCCUAAUUUAUAUAUUUAAUAACAAACUGUAAUUUGGACUGUGUGAAAUGAUUGUUUAUUAUUUUAUAUUCUAGGGUUAAGAAAAAUGACAGUUUUAUCGUCAGCAGAGACAGCUGAACAGCCACCACGCAAAAAGUUGUGUUUAUCAGCAUCAAGGCAACUACAAGCUAAAUCCUAUGCACGCUCCCAACUUAAUCCGAUGGCAUCACCGCUUGACCAGCCUGGUAACUGAAGUUUACAAGUUUUGUAAAUUUAUUAGUACAUUUUAAACCACGAGGCAUCCAAUUUUAAAAUUGUUCGCGAUUUAAUCAUUUAUCGUAUUAAUAAUUUUUGUUCAUUAAAUCUGUACUUACCAAUUUAACUUUGUUAUUGAACUUAUACGUUUUGAUUAUGGAACCCAAUUUUGAAAGCCACGUUAUGUGGUUUUUAUUAGGUUAUAGUUUUCUUAUGUUUACUCUUCCAUUUGUUGGAUUCUUCUCUAUGAAAUAUUUUCUUGGUCAAAUUUUAAAUAUCCAAGGAUAUAGAGUUAUUGCUAUAUCCGUUAUAUUUGCUGUUAUUAUUGUACAAAUAAUUAUUUAUUAUUAUGUUAAACAAGCAUUUAAUGAACCUGUUGAUAUAACAAAUGAAAAUAAUGAUUGUGAAGAUGAAAAAGAGUUUGAUGAUGAAAAAAAGGAUCAAUAGUUAUUAAAACCUCGUAAUUUAUUAUUUCAAGCGUUCAUUAAUUUUAGUAGUAUUAAAACUAGCUGUAAUAUUAUUCCGUAUAGAUUUUAAGCAUUCCUUAUAAUCAUCAUUAUUAUAAUCUAAAUAUAGUUUAAUUUAAAUCCCAAUAUUAUUUAUUACUAAUCAUAAUUUAUAAAAUAUCAUCAUGUUACCUAUGAAAAUAUAGUGUAUAUCUUAUAAUUUUGUGGAUUGGCUGGUAAAUAUUUUUAUUUUAAAUAAAUAAAUAUAUUAAAAAACCCCAUUUAGUAUUUUAUUUUAUUAUUACUAUACAUAUUCUGUUAAACUAUUAUGGAAAAUCCUUAUGUACAAAUAUCAUUAAAAAUUAUAACAUUUAUUUAUCAUAUGUAACAAUUUACUUAAAUAUAUAUAUAUAUAUACCUAAUCACUACAUAAUUUCAGUUUUAAUAAAAUACAAUAGAAAACAUGGUUAAAUAGAAAAUUAUAAAAGCUGAAUUUUAAAUGUGAGUUGGGAGACUAAUAAUAAAAUUGGUCAUCAUUAUGUAGGUAUGUAUUAAAACAUGCAAUCAGAUUCAACACAUUUUGUGUUUCUAAAAAUUUGUAUUUUUAAUUGUUAAAAAUAAAUGUAAGGAUAUUCUAACAUGUUAAUCUAAAUGCUUUAUAAAUACUUAAAUAAAAAUAAUUUAUAAAUUAGAAUAACUAAUAAAACUGUAAUUUAAAUAAAAUAUAUUUAUAAUUAAAUGUUAGGUUUUAAAUUUCAUGUAUGUGUUAUUAUUUUGAAAUUGAUUUAUUUUCAAUCUUAUGUAUUUAGCAUGUGAGUUAGAGGAAAGAAUGGAUGACAUGACAUUUAACUUGAACCAGGUGAUAUUUAUACAUUUUUAAUUUGACCAUUUUGUUUUAAAUUUGAACUUACAUAAAGCUUAAACUAAUUGCAACAUAUUCAGUUAUAACCUUACUGUCAUUUCGUUAGUUUCAUUAAAUUAUGUAUAAUAAUAGUAUAUACAUUGAAAUUCAUAUUGUUUACAUGGACUAAUGCAUUUAUUGUUAGGUUUUUAAUGGAAGUUUUAACAUAAUAUUAUAAUGUUGCUGAGUUCAUACAUUUUUUGGUCAAGGGUUGAACAAUUUUACUUAUUUUAUUUAUUAAUUAAAAAAUACUUUUAACUUAGGCGUUUUAAUAAAAACUAUUUUUGUUGUUUUUAUUGGUUAAUUUGUUUUGUUUAUGUUACUUAUUAGUGUUCUAAUAUAUGUACGAUUUGGGUUACGAGUUAAAGUGUGUUCCUGUGAAAUUUAUACUUACAUUUAAAUGUAGGUUAUCUAAUACUGACAAUGAUUUAAGAGGUAUUAAUUUUCUUUAAAGUUAUCCGGCACAUCAAACAACAGCAACAAUUGCAACAACAGCAGCAGCAAAUAAACUGUUCAUGUGACAAUGACAGCAAUGGCACCCCCGGAGUGGCAACUUUGUGUAAUCUUGGCAACACUUGUUUUCUGAACAGUGUUUUGUAUACAUUGAGAUUUGCACCAUCAUUCUUACACAACCUACACCAUCUAAUUACUGAACUACAAGAGAUAACUGGGCGGUCGACAAAUGGAUUUAAAGUACUUGCAUGUAAAUUAUUAUAAUUAAUUAGAAUGGUGAUAAUAGUUUUUUUGUUUUAUUUUUAUGUAAAUAGGGAAAGUGUUCUUCACUUGGACGAAGUACAAGUUCGGUUAACACUAAAAUGUGGAACUUACAAUCUUCAUUAAAUGUUAGCAUGAAUGACCUAAAAAUUAUACAAGUUACUGAACGUUUGCAUCAAGUAUUUGAAGCGUUACACAAUUCUGAACUUAAAGACAGCUCAGAUCCAUAUCAACCUGAAGUGUUUUUACAAUCGUUAAGGUAAUAGUACAAAAUAUAAAUCCUCAAUAUUUUUGUUUUUUAAAAUACAUGUUGUUAUCUAAACAGAGAUGUCAAUCCAAUAUUCGAGGGCAAUCAGCAACAUGAUGCACAUGAACUGCUCGUUUGCCUGUUGGAUAAUAUUAGAGAGGGUUGUAAAUUAGUCAUGCAACAUUCUGUACAAGUUAAUUGUUUUAUUGCACCAACUCCAAUUAUUCCACCAGCACCAAAUAAAUUGAAAAAGUUUUCGGGACAAGUACGGAAAUCUUUGAAAAUUGCUUCUAGCAGUAAAACACGUCCCGUCAAUGAAAGUCUUCCGCCCAGUGUUAAUAUUGCUAGCGACAAAGUGUUACCUGAAAAUGAAAAUUUUGUUGGUAAAAAAAAAAAAAAAUUACUUGGAAAAUAAUGUGUAUUUCAAGCCACAAUAUUAAUUAUAUUUUAUUUAAUUUAGAUGAUAAACAAAUGUACGCAGUGAACGGAACCACAAAUGCAGUCCAAACAGAUGAAAAUGAAAGCAUCCCUAGUUUCAGUAACAGCAGCAGUAGCAGUAGUACAUCAAUGUUUGAUGAUUUCCAAGGUGUAUCCCUACUCCGCACUACAUGUUUAGAAUGUGAAUUUGUUACGGAACGAAAAGAAAGUUUUUGUGACAUUUGUGUUCCUAUCAAUGGUUCAACUAAUGGAGAUAUAUCAUCUGAACAUGAGUUGAACCUUUAUGGUUUGUUUUUUUUUUUUUUAAAUUUAUAUUUAUUUGUAUUGAUAUACUGUAUUUAAUUAUUUUUAGAUUAUGAUAGUGUAAACAAGUUAUAUCAUUCUGCGAUCGUAACUGAAGAGUAUCUACAAGACACCGACAAGUAUUGGUGUGAACAAUGUUGUCGGUACAAUGAAGCCAAACGUAGCGUUGGAUAUGAAAGUUUACCUCGAUUACUGACUUUGCAUUUAAAACGAUUUUGUACCAACUAUAGGUAACAACACAUUUACCAAUAAGCUGAAUAAAUAAAUAAUUUAUAUUUAAUUUUUCUAGAGCUGUUGUGUCGAAAGUGAACGAGCAUAUGCCUACUCCUUUGACACUAGAAUGUUUUUGUGAAGAGUGUUUAUCGCUCAACUCACGUCAACAAACUCGAGCACAUAGCUAUCAACUAUAUGCUAUAAUAAUGCAUUUGGGCGCUACAAUUGCAUCUGGGCAUUAUGUGGCAUAUGUCAAGGCUCAGGAUAAUCUUGAAGAGUAUGACAAUUGUCCUCGUGAUCGUCGCAAAACUGGGAGUCUUUCAGUUACCCCCAAUGGUACUUUGCCAGCAAAUUACAAAAAGUCAUCUAUAUCGAAUGGUCUUUUUCGAUUUUUAAAAAUAUCAUCAAAGGCAUCUUCGUCGUCUAUGGGUACUUCUAAUAGCCCUUCUAGUGAUUCAAUUGAUUCAGGUAAAGGUUCAUCGAUUGGACGGUGGUGCCGUAGUUUGGAAUGUUGUGGAGUUCGAAUACUAGAUAGUUCAGAAGGUGGGGAUAGUGUUUGGCUGGAAUGUGACGAUGAAACAGUUAGAACAAUGUCAGUUGCACAACUGACACAAAUUUUAGAAUCCAAAUCAUCCAAGAAUUCUGCAUUAACUCCUUAUUUACUAUUUUACGUUAAAGUCAAUCACAAUGAGUAAUUCAGUAUUUUUUUUUUUUUAUGGAAAUAUAACUACGUAUUAUAGCAGCCCCGAGGUGUUCAUUUCGUGAAUAAUAUUAAAAUGGAACUUAAGACAUUGGCACUUCUACCAAAGAUUAACUACUAAGUGUACACUUAUCGUUCCAACUUGAUAUUUUAAAAAUUAAACGUGAUCUUUAAAAUUGUAUGUUUCAAUUAUAUAUAUAUAUAUAAAGAUUAUAAUAUCUAUAAUGGACAAUUUUGUACAAUUAUUUAAUGAUACAUAUUCAUACAUAUAAAAUAAAUAUUAUCAUAAAAAUUUAAUUUACAUUCAACAUUAAUAUAGAUAACUUAGAAAUAUUUUAUUAAAUUGUGAUGAUUAAUAUUGUUGGAUUUGUAUGUCAAUUAGGAAUGCAGCUGCCGUUUUCUCAAUCAAUAUCGACAUAACAUGGUUCUUCUGGGUGGCAGGGGAAACUCCUGACUUUCCCAACUAUAAAUGGGUUAGCUACCUUACCUCAGUCUUUCACAUCUAUAUACACCCAUGCAGCAGUUUUCAUCAUAUCAUUCAAAUGUAUCUAACUAUCUCCUUUUUGGUUUUCAUUUUUCUAGCCUUUCACCCACAUUUAAUUGUAAAACUACUAUUACAACGUUUGGCUCAAAAUAUCCAAAUCGCCCCCAUUCAAUAUUCUCAUAUCAACUAUAAAAAUAUUGUUUCACCACUUCUUAUUAAAUCUUUUAUUAUAUUAUCCUCAUUAAUAACUUCACACGUCUAUAAUAUAAGCAUUUUCAUAACUGCUAUAUGUGCUAACAGUGUUUUGUUUUAUAAUUUGAUAUAUAUUUAUUAUAUUAUAUAUAUAUAUUUGUGCUAUACAAUAUGAUCGGUCUAACAAAAGAUUUGUAAAAUUUAACUUUUAGCUUAACUGGAAUUCUUUUAUCAUUCAAUGCACCUGAAAACAGGUACUUUUAAUUUUAUUUAACUAUACUUAAUCCUGUGUUUCCUAUCCUACUGAAAUCUGCCAUUCUUUUAUAAAAAGAAUUGAAAAUAUUUAAAACUUUUUAUCACCUGAAGUAUAGGGUAGCAACAAUUUGCUCCUAGUGUCAGUUUUAUUUUUCAUGCAAUAUAGACAAUAAAUUAUCUAAAUAUUAUUAUGGAUUACACAAUUAUGAGAGAGUAAAUGGACACACACAUUAUAUAUCAUUUUAAGCACAUCAAUGAUCAUUUUCGAUUGGAGAAAAUAUUUUUAUUGGUUGUUAAAAUAUAAAAUUAAAGCAAUAAACUGUGUUUAAAAACACUGUGGUCAGUUAAGAUUUAAAAAGAAAAAUAACUAUUCAAAUACAAAUUGUAUUUUAAAAUGUUAAGCUAUACUAUUUAUUUUAAAUAAUGUUUAAUGGUUACUAUAAUUAUAGCAAUAAAUAUAUUAUAUAAUGAAAUUAUUUUAAGCACUAAAAUUAUUAAACUGUUGUGCCAAAUUGUAUAAUACACUUUUAUAAUAAAAGGUUAGCGUUAUUUUCAACAAAACUGUUUAAAAUGAGCUGAUAGUUAUUAUAUUGUGAUUUGAUAAAUUUGGUUUGCAAAGUGGGGCAAAAAUUAAAUAGGAUUUUUCUCUAUAAUUAAUAUAUUUUGAGUCUUGCAAUAUAAAACUUAUAUUAUAUAAAAGCAUUUUAUUUUACUAAAACAAAAAAAAAACAUGGUAUAUAGAUUUUUUUUUAAUAAGAAUUUAAUUUACUGUAUUGUAUGCAUUGUGUUCAGAAGUUUUAGUGAUAGGAUUUCUUGUGGAUGUUUUUUUUUAAAUAUUUAAUCAAUGAUGUGAAUCCUUAAGAUUAAUUGUUUUGUUUUAAAUGAAUUGUGAUAUUUUUGUUAUUUUAAACUUUAUUGUUAGUUUUAAACUGGCCAUUGGCAAUUUCCACUAAAUUAUAAUAUCUAUUUAUUAAGUUGAAUGAAUUUCAACCAGAUCACCAAUUACAAUUUUAUAAUAUAAUAGUCUAAACCAUCACUAAAUAUUCGAAUGAGUGUAAAAUAGAUUAUCAUUAUUUUUAAAGGAGAUAUUAAUUUAUUUAAACAAGUUUUUGGCUAUGGAAAACUUUCAUGUUGAAAAACCAUUGUUUUUAAUUAUUUUUGUUGGUCUCUUUUAAUUAUAUUACAUACAAUUAUAAAUUGAACUUAUUUUAAAGAUACACAAACUACCUAUGUAUUCUAACUAAUGAUCCCAGUAUUCAUUUUUGCUCUUAAAGUAAAAACUAAAAAUGUUAAAAUGUUGAAUGAUACAAAAUAUAAUAAAAAUUGUAUUAAAAUAACAUUUGUAAAAUGUGCAAAAAUAAAAAAUCAUAAGCAAUACUAUUUAUUUAUUCAUUACGAGCACUUAUAAUUUAAUUUUUUUUUUCGUUGCUUCACAUUUUGUUUUUUGUUUGUUUUUAAUGUGAAAUUAAUAUUGAUAAGUUGUUAUUUUUUCAUUAAAAAAAAACUUUAUGUGUGUGUCUUCCUUUAAGUAUAAUUGGCUCAAAAUAUGAUUUUGAUUUUUAAUUUCAUUAUUUUCCGUAUACCUAUAUAAAUAAUCAGUGCUUGUAUAAUAAGAUAUAUAUUUAUUUUAAUAACCUAGAUAAUUUAUUAAGUAUUUUUAUUUAUAUUAUUGCGUAUUAUUGUUAUGGCUUAAAAUUGUGAUUAAAACAAAAUUAUUUCUGUUUACCAGUUUACCUACAUGCAAUGUUGUGACUCAUGUUAUUAUUAUUUAUUUGUUGUAUUUUUUUUUUAAAAUAUACCCUGUAUCUAAACAUGUGUCUCUGAAUGAUUUUUAAAAUAAAGAUUUAUUUUUCCAUUUUAUAAUAGUGUCUGCCAGUGACGGAUUUACAGGGGGGGGGGGUCUUGGGAAUCUGGAAUCUCCUAGACAAUAAUAUAAUUAAAAUAAAAUGCCGUCCAAAAAAAAGCAUCUAUUAAUAGAGAUACCUUUUAAAUACUUAUGAUUUUUCAGGACCUCUCCCAGAAAAAAUGUUGAAAAUCCGUUACUGGACUAUCUGCUCUGUAAUGAUAAACCUGAAGUUGGGUAGAUUUAAUAAGGUGCUUUUGAUUCGGAUAAUUUGGUUUUAAUAAUAAUUUAAACAAAAAAGUAGAAAUCAUAUAUUAUAUUUAUGUUGACAUUGAGCAAUAAUCAGUAAAGUGAAUUAAUUUUAUAUUAAUUAUAGCACAAAUAUAUAAGGAUAAAAGAAAUUAUGUAUACUUAUUAAUAGAACAAUUUACCAAUCUAAUGCGCCUUCUAAAAAUUCAAAUGGAACAUUAUCUUCUAUUACGGCAUCAAUAUGUUUUUUUUGCAAUGUUUUUUUAUUUGAAGUUACCAUUGCUUUAUGGCAGUGCUGUGCUAAUAGUCCAAUAAAACUUUCC